AUGGGGCCCCAUAGCUGGGUGUCCGAGGAAAGACUAAGAAUAAUAAAGGCAGUAGCAAAGGCGGAUUUUGAUUUGCCUGAAAAAAUUCCAAGGAAGAUAACAGAGAGAAAAGACCCCUCUUCUGACUUAUGGAAUCUCCUGCUAGAGGACCCAAGCCAGAGACUAAUUGGGGGACAGUUAUAUCGUGCCUGGGAAUCCACUGUGAUGAAAAGAGAAAACUCUGGACUAUAUUUUCCAGAAAUAAAGAGAGAUCCAGGCAAAUAUUUACACAGUUGUCCUGAAUCUGUAAGAAAAUGGCUUCGACAGCUAAAGAAUGCUGGAAAAAUUCUUUUGUUAAUUACCAGUUCUCACAGUGAUUACUGUAGACUUCUCUGCGAAUAUAUCCUUGGGAAUGAUUUUGAAGACCUUUUUGACAUUGUGAUUACGAAUGCAUUGAAGCCUGGUUUCUUCUCCCAUUCACCAAGUCAGAGGCCUUUCCGCACACUCAAGAAUGAUGAAGAACAGGAGGUGUUGCCAUCUCUGAAUAAACCUGGCUGGUACUCUCAAGGGAACGCUGUACACCUUUAUGAACUUCUGAAGAAAAUGACUGGCAAACCUGAACCCAAGGUUGUUUACUUUGGUGACAGCAUGCAUUCAGAUGUUUUCCCAGCCCGCCACUAUAGGAACUGGGAGACAGUCCUCAUUCUAGAGGAGCUCCAAGGAGAAGAAGCCUGGAAGCCUGAGGAGUCAGAGCCUCUGGAGAAGAGAGGAAAAUAUGAGGUACCAAAGACAAAACUUCUAAAUACAUUUUCUAAAAAAUGGGGCUCCUUUUUUAUUGAUUCAGUUUCACAACGGGAAAAUUCAGAGGACUCCUUGGUUUAUACAUGGUCUUCUAAGAGAAUCAAUACUUACAGCACUAUUGCAAUUCCAAGUAUUGAAGCAAUAGCAGAAUUACCUCUGGACUACAAAUUUACAAGGUUCUCUUCAAACAGUUCAAAAACAGCUGGCUACUAUCCAUUGGUCAAUUAUACCAAUGGUCUUAUUGAAUGAUGAGAUUUGUACAACAAGAUAAAUUAUCUCUACUAAAAAAUGAAGAACCACAUAUGCAGCAAAUGUACUGUAAAAAAAUAUUAAUUUUCAAAGAAAUACUGUAAAAUGCUUUAUAGGAACAAAUUUUUAAUGAAAAUUGACCAAGAAAUUGAUAUUUGUCCAUAGAUGUGCUUUUUAUAUAAGUCAUUUUGAUGCUUAACAACUCUUGGAAUAUUAAAAUCCCAGUAUCCUAGAACUAAAAAGAACAUUAUUAGUAUUUUCUAUACCAAUAGCUUUGAAAUUAUAAUUCAGCUGGGGAGACCCACAGAGUUUAUACAUAUGCUUAGUCUGGUGGUUCUCAAGUGUGUGUCCAGGGAUGCAUAGCAGCAUCACCUAGAACUUGAUUAUUCCAAUUUGAAGGCCCUACCCCCAAACCUACGGAGUCAGAAACUGUGGGAGGUAGGCCCACCAGUGUGUUUUCUUAACAAGCCUUUCAGGUGAUUUUGAUUGACACUAGUUUGAGAACCAAUGACCAUUUACUCCAGAGUUUAGUUUAAUUUGUCUGGGUAAAUACCUGCGCAUUGAUAUCGUUUAUAAUGUCUUUAUUAGUAAGUACAACAGAACUGCGAAUAACCAGUCUAUACCAAUUCCUUCAAUUUAGAGCCAAGAACAUUGAGCCCAGUGACAUUAAAUGAUUUUCCCAAACUAUUAGGUUUGAUAACUAUUCCUGGUUUUUUCCAAAAUAAGAAAAUACAUACAUGAUUUCUUCUGAUAUCACACAAUCAUCAUGGGACAGAGAUGGUACUAGAAGCCAAUCCCAACCUUCAUUGUUACCCACUGUUUCCCCCUAAUAAUAUUAAGGAAUGUUUAAUUCAUUAUCAAUAACUUUAAGACAUGUUUCUCAAUAGGAUUAAAAAUUGAUUCUAGGGUACAAAACAAUCUUCAGUAACACGGUGGAUUCUGGCCUUUCAAAAUUCAAAAAUACCAAGAAAAUUCAUUUUUAUUCCUUGGCAUUGGAUUUUCUUAUUAGGGAGCAGUAUAUAGUUAUUAAAUUUGAGUUAAAUGUAGUUUUUUUCUUUGGGAGGGAGGGUGAUGAAGAAAAUGUUGAGAAACACUAUUUUAAGGGGUUUAUAGGUUUAUUACAAUCCAGGAUGUUGUGCUUAGUCAUAUUAGUAGCUAUUUGUUAUAAGACAUUUAGGUUUAUUACAAUCCAGGAUAUGUUGUGCAUAGUCAUUAGUAGCUAUUUGUUAUAAGACAUUUGGAGCCAGAUAAUGUUUAUAGUAAAUUCCUAACUACUUUUUAUGCUAUAAUUUCACUAUUCAUCAUGGACAGGACCGGAAAACAAUACUGGUCAUUAUUAUUAUUUUACUUGUAUUAUAGCAGAGAACUUAGCAUGGACACAUGCAGUGAAAAGAUAAAUAUUUUGUUAAAAUUUGUAAAUAUUUGAGAAAUCUCAAAUACACUGUGGGAAUGAUUAUCUCAGGGUAAGAAACUUUAUUUUUUUUCCCCCUCAAAGUCAGUAGCUUUGUUUGAUAUCUACCAAUAAGUAUAUGGUGAUGUAUUUGAAAUUGUUAUCUAGAAUGUCAUUGAAAUAUAUUACAAUGUGCAUAUACAAUCAAGCUUAGGGCUAAAUGAAGAUGUGAACUCGUGUAUGCUAUAGAGAUCUGAUUUUUUAAUAAAGCUAUUUUUCCUUA